AAAUUAAUGCCAUAGAAUAAUAUAACCUAGCGGAAUUAAUGCUAAAUGAGGUCACAAAAGUCUUACAAUAAAAUGAAUAUACUUAAGUACAAUUCCUUUAGUAUCGAACUUUGUACGCAAUUUUAAUCUUAUUAUCAUUACCAAUUUGGAAAAGUUUUAAUUUGGAAAAAAAUGCCGUUAAAGGGGAUUAAAGUUAUCGAAUUAGCUGGUUUAGCUCCAGUUCCAUUUUGUGGUAUGAUUUUAGCUGAUUUUGGAGCUACAGUUAUUCGAGUUGGGCGUGUAGGAUCUGGAACCGAUUUGGAUGUUUUAACCAAUGGAAAAAAAUCCAUAUCUUUAAAUUUAAAAAAACCGAAAGGUGUACAAAUUUUAAAACAAUUAUGUAAAACAAGCGAUGUUCUAAUCGAACCAUAUCGACCUGGAAUCAUGGAAAAAUUAUCCCUAGGUCCUGACAUACUAUUAAAAGAAAAUCCAAGAUUAAUCUACGCACGGUUAACAGGAUAUGGACAACAUGGUUACUAUGCUGAUCGUGCAGGUCACGAUAUAAAUUACGUUUCAGUAACAGGUCUACUAUCAUUAUUCGGUCGAAAAAAUAGUAAACCAACACCACCUGUAAACUUAGCUGCAGAUUUUGGCGGCGGCGGUUUAAUGUGUGCAUUUGGUGUUAUGACCGCUUUAUUUGAGCGUUCCAAAUCUGGAUUAGGACAAGUUAUUGAUGCCAAUAUGGUAAAUGGGACAGCAUAUUUAGGUAGUUGGAUUUAUAGAUCUCAAGAUCUACCAAUAUGGGGUAAACCGACCGGUGAAAAUAUUUUAGAUUCAGGAGCACAUUUUUAUGACACGUAUAAGACCAAAGAUGGUAAAUAUAUGGCGAUCGGUUCUAUUGAAUCACAGUUUUAUGCUGAAUUAUUAGAAAAAUUAAAUUUAGAUGCCGAAUUUGAUCAAUAUACAGAUUUUGAAGAGAAAAAAUCUAAAUUAAGUGAAAUAUUUUCAACAAAAACACAAGCAGAAUGGAUGAAAAUUUUUGAUUCAAGUGACGCAUGUGUAACUCCGGUCCUAAGUUUAGACGAUGUAAAAACUCAUCCUCAUCAUAUACAAAAUGAAACUUUUCAAAUUAAUCCAAAUGGUUCCUUAUGUCCAACACCUGCUCCAAAAUUAAGUAAAACACCUGGUAUUAGCAAAGCUUUAUUGCCACCACCUAAAUCUGGGGAACAUACUUUUGAAAUUUUAAAAAAUUUACAUUAUUCAAAUGACGAAAUUUCAAAUUUAGAAAAAGAUGGAAUCAUAGAAAUAACAUCAAAUUCCAAGUCAAAAUUAUAAUCCUGGUUAAGUGAUUUUCAUAGUCUGAUAUUCAGUGACUUUAAAUGGGUAAUGUGGAGAAAACUAAGUGAUAUCUUAAGAUUGAUUCUUCCUUAAAAUAAUUCAUGGAUUCAUUUCUUCUAAGCCUUGUUCAAAUGAAAAGAGACUGUUUUGCCAACAUUUUAUAGAAAUUGUCACCGUUUAGCAGAAAAAAUCGGAAUCACUUAAAACCGUUGGACUUUUAUACAUUCGAGUUAGGUGAUAGAUUAUUAACUCGCCGGGAAAAAGGUAAAAUUUCUUUUACCUAAAACGUUGACCAUUGCUGGUUGCUAUAGCUCCCUGUCUUUCGAAAAAAAGUCGGUGAAAUGGAUUGAACUUUACUGUUGGCACAACUCCGGUACUAUCGGUGAAGGGAGAAGGGAGAAGAAAUUAACCAUAUUUUUGUUAACAAAAAAUAAAUAUAUUUACAAAUA